CAUUGAAACUGUACCAUGAAUGGUGAAACGAGAGCAGAGGUGGUAACUUCACCACCCCCAACAGCUCCCCAUAAAGAGAGAUAUUUUGACAGAGUGGAUGAAAACAAUCCCGACUACUUGCGGGAGAGGAAUAUGGCCCCUGACCUUCGCCAGGAUUUCAACAUGAUGGAACAGAAAAAGAGAGUAUCCAUGAUCCUCCAAAGUCCGGCAUUUUGUGAAGAGUUGGAAUCCAUGAUCCAGGAACAGUUCAAGAAAGGGAAGAAUCCUACAGGCCUGCUGGCUCUCCAACAGAUUGCAGACUUCAUGACGGCCAACGUUCCCAACAUCUUCCCGCCAGCUCCUCAAGGAGGCAUGACUGCCUUAAAUAUGAGCCUUGGUAUGGUGACGCCCGUGAACGAUCUGCGGGGAUCAGAUUCCAUCGCUUACGAGAAAGGGGAGAAGUUGCUGCGCUGCAAGCUGGCUGCGUUCUACAGGCUGGCCGACCUCUUUGGCUGGUCCCAGCUCAUUUACAAUCACAUCACCGUCAGAGUAAACUUGGAGCAAGGACAUUUUCUGAUUGUGCCUUUUGGACUUCUCUAUAGCGAAGUUGCUGCAUCCAGCUUGGUUAAAGUGAAUUUCCAAGGCGAAGUCAUUGAUCGUGGAAGCACUAACUUGGGGAUUAAUCCGGCUGGUUUCACGUUGCACUCGGCCAUCUACGCCGCCCGCCCGGACGUCAAGUGCAUUGUUCACAUCCACACUCCCGCAGGAGCAGCAGUAUCGGCGAUGAAACACGGUCUCCUGCCCAUCUCACCGGAGGCCCUGUCUCUGGGAGAGGUGGCCUACCACGAUUACCACGGCAUUCUUGUGAACGAGGAGGAGAAGGUCCUGAUUCAGAAGAACCUGGGCCCCAAAAGCAAAGUCCUCAUACUCAGAAACCACGGUUUGGUCUCCGUUGGAGAAAGUGUGGAGGAGGCUUUCUACUACAUCCACAACUUGGUUGUUGCCUGUGAGAUCCAAGUACGGACACUGGCCAGUGCAGGGGGGGCAGACAAUUUAGUGCUUUUGGAUCCCAGCAAAUACAAAGCCAGGCCUCACUGCCACGAGUCUGCAGCGGGGGAGGGGGCAGCCCCACACCCCAAAUGGCAAACUGGAGAACAAGAGUUUGAAGCCCUCAUGCGAAUGCUUGACAAUUUGGGUUACAGGACUGGCUACCCCUACCGAUGCCCUGCUCUGAGGGAGAAGACUAAAAAGUUCACUGAGGCGGAGAUUCCCGCUGCCGUCACCGGCUACUCUUUUGCUAGUGACGGGGACUCAGGCACUUGCUCUCCUCUGAGGCAUAGCUUUCAGAGACAGCAGCGAGAGAAGGCACGGUGGCUAAAUGCCAGCCGAGGGGAUGACCCAGCCGAAGAAGGGCCAGAUGGCGGCAGCCCCAAGUCGAAGACUAAGGUGUGGACGAACAUUACACACGAUCACGUGAAACCCUUGCUGCAGUCUCUCUCGUCCGGUGUCUGCGUGCCAAGCUGUAUUACCAACUGCUUGUGGACUAAAGAGGAGGGUCACCGGACUGCCUCAUCUGCUCCCCCAAACCUCUUUGUUCCCUUGAACACGAACCCCAAGGAGGUCCAGGAAAUGCGGAACAAGAUCAGGGAGCAGAACUUGCAAGACAUUAAAACGGCCGGUCCACAGUCUCAAGUCCUUUCCGGGGUUGUCAUGGACAGGAGCCUCGUGCAGGAUGCUCCCCUGUCAGACUGUACGGAAACAAUUGAAGGGCUCCACCCCACAGAGCAGGCCUUUAGCCCAGCUAAAUCUGUCUCUGUUAGAAAGGGGGAGCUGGUGACCGCCUCCAAGGCCAUCAUUGAGAAGGAAUACCAGCCCCACGUCAUCAUCAGCACGACUGGACCCAACCCUUUCCACAAACUCACGGACCGAGAACUGGAGGAGUACCGCCAAGAAGUCGAAAGGAAGCAGAGGCAAUCGGAAGAAGAUGGUGAAGACGGCAGACAGCAAGGAGAUAGGAGCUCUCCGGAAGAAACGGUCGCUUCCACCCCACCCAGCACUCCGGUCAAACUUGAGGAAGGUAUAAACACUCAUUCAGCUUUCAGCAGCAGCAGUGAAGCCGCCACUUCCCAGCCAAGCCUCCCAGACCUCACCGCUCCCAACCAGCCUUCGGAAGAAGUCUUCGGAACGGAGGAUGACGACCCCGACCCAGCGCUUGCUGCCCCCCAGAAGGAAGGCCCUCCCGAGAGCCCCCAGCCCUGCCCUUCCCCGAGCGGAGAGCCCCCUGCGUCUCCCCCGGCCGAGGAUGGGGCAGCGGCCGAAGCCGGCAGCGAGGAGUCUCCGGGGAAGUCUCCCUCCAAGAAGAAGAAGAAGUUUCGCACCCCGUCCUUCCUCAAGAAGAGCAAGAAGAAGAGCGAGCCCUGA